CUUAGGGAGCGCCCCGGGCUGGCCACCACUCUCUCUCGCCUUGUGUGUAGGCGCGAGCCAGAAUGAAAUAGCCGCGCCGCCGCAGCCGACCACACGCCGCGUGUGUCGCUCCGCGAGCAGCAGCAGUGAGUAGUGUGUGUGCCGCCGUCGACCCUCCCACAACUCGAAGAGCGCGGGUGAACGACUACCCACCCCCCUCCCCCGCAACCGCCGCCAUGCUCGUCGCACCGGUGCUGCCGUUCGGCUACCCUCCGCUGCCUCAGAGCGCUGCGGCUGAGCGCGCCGCCUAGAAGUAGCCGCUGUGCUAGCGCGUCUCUCCCUGGCUGUUUCUUUUUCUUCACUAGUUCCCGGCACUCCGCUUCGUCUCACUACCCGGCCGUCCCGUUGGACGAUCGCACCACUACAACAGGUGCUGAAGCACAAGGAUUGCACGUAGACAACCUUUUGUUGGCGGUAACGAAAAGGAAACUCGAAAGAAAAGAAAUAAGUUUUUGACGGGCAUUCUGCUCCUCGCUUGAGCCAAGUAGUUUGCAUUGGACCCAUUCUUGAGCAGGAACAGGACUCCUGUCGUGCCACCGGACCACCUGUCGCGGCUGGAAUCUUCGCGCACUCCGUGUUGUGUGGCAGUGAGCUGUUGUUUGCUGAACGGAUACUCUCGCCAUGCGUCUCUGCUUGAUGCUCCUGGGUGCCCUGUUGUGGCUGUGCAGCGGAUGCGAAGCGGCCCGCAUCAUCGGCCCAUCGUCUUCGGCCAUGCGCGAGGCUCUGUGGUGGAGGAGGCCCGGGCUGCUAGAGCGCCGAGAGUCCAGGGCGCGACCCUCGUCGGUGUCCGGCCCAGCUGUGGCGGCCACCAAGGGCUCCUCUUCUCCAACAGGCUCGGCCAAGGCGAAGGCCGGGAACCCUGAAGCGCCCGGUGAGGUGGCGCACACCGGCGACACGGCAUCAUCCAAGGCACAGCAGUCGGUCAGGUCACCGCGGGGAGCCAGGCAGUACGACGUCCCGCAGAUCGAGUGUCCGAGCGCGGAGGACGGAAUGGAGCGGUUCGCGUGCCCUUCGCCAGACCGGAUGGGGCGGUACCGGUGCAUCGACGACCACGUCCUGUGCGACGGAUUCAUCGACUGUCCGCAGGGCGAGGAUGAGGACCGAAUGUCUUGCAUGUUCUACAAGACGACAAAGGCUCACCUGGACGUGCUAGCAGACGCACUGCUAAGGUGGGCCCGGGGCCGCUACUGAACACCAGCGCUCCGCCCGCAUCAGGCCGAGUUCGCCCGACCAAAGGUCAACGCAACGCCCGGCGGGUUCGAGGUCGUGCCUGGAGAGGCCACGCCGAGCAGCAGCAGUCCUCGCCGCACCGUCUCCUUUCGGGUGACGCGGUGGCCGGCGCGCCUCCCCGGAUUCGAGCUUUGCCCCCCCGUGUGACGAGACAGCCCACCGCCGUUCGUUCCCCCGUUCCGGAGAACAGCAUCCCGACCCGACGCGAGGACGACUCGCCCCCUGGCGAUGCACGUUCAACCGGUGGCUUCGCUCGCUCUUUGAGCCGGAAAAGUGCCAGGCGGUUCGACCCUUGUCUUGAACGGCUCUUCUCUAAGGGCAUCAGUUUCAACGCGAGCUGGAUUGGCCGAAUGAAAGGAAGGUGGCGAAAAAAAAAUUAAAAUCCGGCGCACAAACUAUUACUGCUGUUUUCACGUUACGUCGCUGUUCAGCGUAUUAACGUUAUAAGCAGCGCAAAACGUCCUAAAGCUUCUUGCAUUGAAGCACCGCACUGUAUCCUAUGGCGACGCACGAAAGUAACCGUUUCAAAAAGUCAUUUCUGGUCCUCCUCUGUCAGUGUGCUUGCUCUUAGAAGGUAAUAAAUUAAUUAUGCGCUGCUUGAGUGCAUGCGCGUAGUAGUUGUCGUGAGUUUAGCUGUUCGUUUCAUCAUUUGUGUGGCUCUUCAACGUUUGCGGUUCACACAAGACGCUAUGUGAUUUUAAUCGCCCGCACCGAGUGCACGCUAUGCAGACUGUUUCCGUGCGAUCAGAAGAAAUUAUGCAUGUCUCGGGGGAAAAACUUGCUUCCAAAGAGCAUUGCAACCAAACUGAAAAUUCCCAGCUUGUUUAGCUUGAACAUUCGAGAUAUUAAAGCGCACACGAAAUUGUUUUUACUCGUAAAUUCCGCAUUGCUGUUAAAUAUUUCAAAUUCGAUGACGUUUCAGUGUUUUUUUUUUUUUUUUCACGCUACCAAUGGUGAAUCUAGAUGUACACUGCUGGAGCCGAUUCACCUGAUAUAACAUAGUAUGAUCAGUGUUGUUUGUAAACGUUAGCUGUCAAUCUAAUUUCUUUUUCUCUGUAAGCCUGCGCUAAGACAGCAAGAUACCCUAUCGGAAUGACUAAAAGAAAAGAUAACUAGUCAAAUAAAUGCUACAAAGCACUACGUCGUGUUAGUUUAAGAGUUCACGUGCCUGGGCACACGUACGCGGAAGUGACUGGUUGGCCCGAGGUUACUACAUUGCGAAAGUCCCUACAUGUCGUUGAGCUGUUUGACGGCAUAUUAUUGUGGGAUUCAUUCUGAUAAAGGUUCGACAUGCGUUUUUUGUGCCCUAGCUUCUUUAGAUUUUGGUUCACAGAUUCCACAGGCGCCCAUAAUAAAUACUCAGGCGGAAUAAUUGCCGGCUAAGCACGCCAGGCCAAUACCUCCAGUUGCAACACCACCGCCACCACCACAGAUUAGCGAUCGAUGGUUUGGCUAUGGAACAUUUCAUGUUACCUCGCAUUGUAAGCAACAAGGGAUACGAGCUUCUUCAGAUGACGUACAAGAGCAGCCUAGCCAACAUGAUGUCACCAGGAGGCUGCGCUGCACUGGCGUAUUAAAUUAUAUCCAGUGUGGCUGUCAUAGGACGUUCUCGAAUGUAAUAUUGGGAUAGUGCGUCGUUCCACUCUUGUGCAGUUUCUGUGUCGUUAUUUGAACAGGUCUAAGGGUAGAAAGACAUGAUAGACAACAACUUUCUUGUACUGAAGUACUGUCUUAAACAAAGCCUAUUGGUGAAGUAUAACGACUCGCAAUAGAUUGCCAGCGAGUCGAAUUAAAAAGUGACAGGCCAACAUGCCGUUCAGGAGUAUGUCUCAGCCCUCCCUAAUGGCAAUUAUAGCUUUUUCCUCAUUCUUAACGCCACUGGAGAGCUGCUGCAAUCCUGCUGUGAACAGCGUGCCGCUUCCGGUCAGCGGAGUCAACAGACGCAUCUUAGGAGUGGUGACUGAGAACAAUAGCACAACAAAUAAUUAUGCUCGAAAUAAACUGAAGUUUUGCUGGUUUCAUCGCCAUUAACAUUGGGUACAGGUGAGAACAAAGCUUUGGGGAACAAAACGUAGUCGUUGAAGCGUCCGCAGGGCGCGGAGUAGCGCGAGCAAUAUUGGUCCACAGUGACAUGGCAAGCUAUCUGAAAGCUGCAGUUGGUGGUUACCUGUCCUGUUAAUUUCUCAUUGAAGGUAGCGCUACUGUUAAAUGGAGCGUCCACUUCAGGCUCAACUAAGCGUAAGGUGACGGUCCAGUUGCUUAAUUUGCCCUUCGGAUGUUGUAAAAGAGGUGUCAUAUAAAACUGUAUCUUUGGAGGUUAUUGGUUUCACAUACUCGUUUGUUUAAUGCCAUCGUGGGUCUUGCUACGAGAGUUUAACGCAUACUUGUGUAUGGCUAACUACCGUGAGUCUGGCUCCCAUAGGGAGGCACUUAAGCACACUCACUGAAGUAUCACAAUGUCACUAGCUCGUGUAUUCAUCAGCACAAGCCAAUAAUCAAACUCAUCGUAAGUCAAUAUUCUCCUUAAAAGCCACGCAUCAUAUGUAAGUUAAUUGUAGAAGAACGGAUGUAAUGAUUUUUCUGGUUAUUUGUCUACGUACUCAAAGCCUACCAGUUGCAUCUUUAAUGAGGCUGUUAAGUAACCGAGAGGUAUAAAUAAGACAAUUUCAAUGUGAUUUCGUCCAUUAAGCAUAAGAUUAUACAGAUUCUGCCAAAAUUAGGAACUAUUAUAGACCACAAGAAAUAUAUGAGUACAGGAAUAGGUGCAAUCAGCAAAACACUAUAGAAGAAACAGGGGACAUGUCAUAGAGUAUACAGACAUUUUGAGCGAUGACUUUUCCCAUGGGUAACAGAAAUAUUAAGAAGAUAAAUAGCAAGGCGGGGUGACUUGUUUCAAUGAACCAGUUCAGAGAGCUCCAGAACCGUCGCCUGGUUCAGAUGCGGCUCAUGAAGUACUCUUCGUGCUUCAGCAUCGCCUUCGAUACGAAAAAAAAAAUAAAAUACUGCUAAAGCGAUCCGAGAACGAGCGAAGCUCGGGCACAUUCCACUGAGCAGGCCCUAUCCCGCUUGUCGCCUCCACUUCGAAACUUUUUUGAAAGAACGUGAUAGAAUUCGUCGUUGACAAUCCAAGACGUGUGCCGCCGUUCUUUGGUCCGUUUCUUUGUCGUGCAUGGUUGAGCUUAUUUUUCUACUCUGGUCGCGUGUGUUUUUAGCCCCGAGACUGCGUGGAACAAGCAGAAUUUUAAAACUAAAUUAAGUAACCGCACAAUAAGACACCUCGAACGAAAUACGCAGAACUGGACGCACCUUCCCCUGUGUCUUGCCGCCCCAACCCGUGAGUCACGAGAUACGAUAGAGCAUGGUGCUUCCGAGUUGAACCCUCCACCAUUUCUGGAGCUUGACAAAACCAAGUAUGGCGAAGCCUCCUACUCCUUUUGCACGAUCACCUUUUCAUUUAAUAACGGAUCGUCAAUCAAAUCCCCGCGCUAAAAGCUAACCAAUAAAGCGCAAACGUUAGUGCAAGACACUGGGCAUGGACUUAGCCCAACGAGCAUCGUGCUCAUUGUGAUGCCCUCAAAUACCAGCCAUUUCAUGCUGACUCCAACAAAACUCCGAAAUACAUUAAGCUAGAAUAUUAACAAUGCUCUUUGUUUUCUUUCCUACGAGUCUCAGUUGAAAAUAUCUAUGUGACAUUCCGUCAUUCUGAAAAAGGAAUGCAUCCUUCCUUCCACGGCCAAUAGGCAUCUGCUGAUGGAUGUUAUGACCCACUGCUAUUAUAUAAAGUGCUACAGACUUGCAGAUCCGGGGUCUGUGCAAUCUUGAGAUUUCUUCGGCAAGUAGCUAGAGCAUCAAUUACGAUUAGUGCCAUAGUGCAUGAAAAUAUCAGGGCCAACUUCGCGCUCCCAAUUAAAACCUCCCCAGGUGGUUGCAGUCAACCAAAAAAUAAUUUAGUGUUCGUGGCAGCUGUGGUGUCGCCUAACGUAGUCUGAGAUUGCAAAUUACAUUCCUAGCCAAGUGCAUACUAUCGACCGAUAUAACUUCUCACCAUCUCAAUGUGGUUAAAGACUUCUCGUGAUUUUUUUCUUUCAUGCUAAUUAGGCACGCUCGCACAUACCUGAGGUAUUGAUUCAUCGAAGAAAAAAACUGCAGAGCAGACGCGGCCAAAGAAAGGCACGUGUUCUACGUAUGCUAUUGUGCAACAUUUGGAUCGGCCUUUUCCGUUUGGUUCCGUCGCAUUAUCAGACUGUUAGAGUGACUGACUCUCAGCCCGUUGGGCUGAGACAAAAAAGGUGAAGACAAAACAAAGGGCUAGACAAAAAAGGGCUAGACAAAAACAAGGUGAAGUCACAGGCCAGUGCCAACGCUUCCACAAAAGAGCUUGCCUAGGCCCUGGCAGACGCAAGCCUUGUCGCCUGAGCGCUCAACUCAGGAUGAGACUCCUUCAAGCGUGGUUAACCUUGAUUGGUACUUUCUUUGUUACUUCUUUUCUAUUUCUUGUACAGUGCACUUCUAAAGCUCCCGCACUACCAUCACCGUUACGGAAACACUAAAACCCCUCCGUUAUCUACACCAGUCCAGGAGGACACAACGGUGGUGCUAAGACAAAAAGUCAUCGCUUGUUCGAACCGACCGGGAGGCAAAGCGCCAUAAUCUUUCGUAUCGGGUGACCCUAUCCCUACCACAAAGAGGAAAAGUCGCCCGUUGAAUCACCGGGCUUUUCCAUCACUCCUGUACCUUCGACACGACCCUCCGCGACUGUCCUUUGUGGCAGAGCCCAUGUGUUCAGCUCUCCUUCAUAUCCGCAUAUAGCCCAUGCUUCCCGCAGCCGCUAAUCACGACUGGGCCCCUCUUUUUGAGUGAACCUAACAUUUGCCUGGUCCAAUUUGUCUGCGUUGUGACUUAGCCAACCUCCUUUUCUCCCAUUCAUUGGUGAGCCCUUCAAAGCCAGAUAUGAGCCCUUAGUGGCCGUUUUGUCUGGCCUCUUCGAGCACUAGCAACGAACCAUAUUAUCCGUUGCUUAAGGGCUCCAAAAUGCGCUAUUGUUUGUCAAGCAACUCAGUGUCUCCCUUUAAUUUUCGGGCAGGACCUCCCACUAAGUUUUGUACGAGUGUGUUACAAAACUUAUAUUGUGCGUUUUUUUUUUUUUCAGUCCUGAGUCCUUGCACGAGCAUGAGUUCAAACUACGGGAUUUUCAAUAACUGCUCUUUCUUUUCUUGACCAAGCAUUAAGUCGCAUCCCUAUAUAUAUA